AUGGGUGAUCCGGGGGAUGACCGGCUGAAGGCUUUGCUGGUAGAGGAGUCGCAGUUUCGCGGUUACCAACUGGCAAGGCAGGAGAGGCUGCAUGAGAUGGCUGGCAUGAACGAGGCGGUGGCUAGGGAGGUUGCGUCCCCGUUCCUGUCAGGGAAGAUUAAAGCAAGGCGGGAGAAAACGCAGAUCAAGGAGCUGAGUGCUGGUGGUAUGACGGUCACUGACAACAAAGCGAUUCUGGGGGUUGCGUCGCAGUUCUACAGAAUCCUCUUCGGGCACGACAGGCAACAGAUUGAGUCGGGCUGGGUACCUGCCGCUGGCAGAACGCUGUCGUCGAUAGCUCGGGAAAGGCUGACGGCGGCUUGGUCGGAGAAGGAGGUGAAAAGUGCGUUUCAUGCGAUGGCGAAGAAUAAGGCUCCAGGAAAUGAUGGGUUGCCGAAGGAGCUUUUUGAGGAGCACUGGGAUGUGCUGGGUAAGCACUUCAUGGCGCUGGUGGAGAGUUUCACCGAGACGGCGGUGCUCCCUGCAAGUACAAAGAGUGCCGUCACUAUUCUGUUGCACAAAAAGGGCGGAAGGGAUGCGGUGGAGAACUAUCGCCCAAUCACGCUUCUGAGCUUCACUUACAAGGUGUUGGCGCGGGUGGUCGCAGACAGAAUGAAAAGAGUCUUGAACGAGGUGAUCUCGCUGGAGCAGUACGGGUUCCUGCCGGGUCGGAGGCUCUCGGAUACGGUGGGGUUGGUCGCGGAUGUGAUCGACGCUGCUAAGAACGAGCAGGCGGACUGGUACCUCCUGCUGGUGGAUUUCCAGGAGGCCUUCGAUUCAGUCUCGAGGAACUAUCUGUUUCUGGUGCUGGAAAAGAUGGGUUUCCCCAGCAGGUUCGUCGGCUGGAUCAAGGGCCUGCAUGAGGAGACACAGACACGGCUGCUCAUCAACGGCUGGAUGGGGGAAGUGGUUGAGGUGGUAUCGGGGGUGCGGCAAGGCUGCCCUCUCGCGCCGUACCUUUUUCUGUGUGCCGUUGAGCCGCUGGCGCAGGAAGCCGUGAACCGCAGCCUGGGUCUCACAGGGGGCGCUCAACGGCUGGCUUAUCUGGGGUACGCGGACGACACGACGUUGCUCCUGCAAGGGGAGGGCCAUAAUCUAAAUAAGCAGGCCAGCAAGACGGAUGGCUUCAAAUGGGUGAAGGCCGAUGGGGUGGAGCGUCUGUUGGGGGUCUGGGUGACACCGGCUGGCUGCUGCGCGCCCACCUGGGAAAAGGCUUUCGCAAAAAUUAAGGAGAAGCUGAGGCAGUGGGAGGUGCAACACCUGACAACCGGGGCGAGAGCAGCGGUUAUUAACUGUUACAUCUCGCCCAUCAUUUUCUUUCAGGCGCAGGUGUAUCCACCUCCGGUUGACAUCUGGGGGAGAAUUCUGAAGCUGACCCACAAUUUCAUGUCGGGGAAUCGGGCCACCACAGACAAAGCUUUCAUUAUGUGGAGCAAGGAGCUGCUCUACAUGGCUAGAGAGGACGGGGGUGUGGGGGUGAACGAUCCGGAGAUAGCCCUCACCUUGUCUCACGGCGAGGCGUAUUGGCCUACUCCUCACCGAGACAAACGAGCUGAAGCGUGA